AUUUAAUUAUCUUUCAUAACUCUAUUGCAGCAGCAGUAGUACGAAAUGUGAUGAUAGAAAUAUCAUGACCCGGAGACUUAUUGGGCUUGGUACAACUUUGAACUUUCGGGGCUAAGCCUUAAGUUUUUAUGGUUAGUAUGUGAGCUGACAUCAUUAACUUGAAGUCUGAAGAUUCUUGGCCUUGUAGUGUUCAUGUACGACCCAAAUCUCACCAAGUUUGACAAUUUCUAUCGCAACCUUUCUUUUGCAUCAAGUGAGUGAUUAUUGGACAGAUGGCGGCCAUUGCGAAAACUAUCGUUGCGACAGGCGCAUCGUCUGGCCUUGGUUUUGAGGCGAUCAAGCAGUUACUCCAGCAAUCGCAGUCUUACACGUUUCUUCUUGGUGCGCGAGAUAUUACGAGAACACAAGCCGCUUAUGACAGUUUGAAGAUUGAUACUGCGAAGCAUAGUGUCUCACUCCUACCACUGGACCUGUCAAAUCUACGCGCUGUCAAGUCCUUCGCCCAGCAAGCCCUUGACAAGCUUGGCGAAAAUAAAUUGGACGUCCUUUUCCUUAAUGCAGGCAUGGCAAAGGCAGCUGAUGAGCCUGGGCCGCAUGGCUCGAAAUGGUGCGAAUCAUACGUCGUCAAUCACUUGUCACAACACUAUCUUAUCCACCUACUGCGCGACAAACUAGCAGCUUCGCAGUCACGCAUCAUCGUCGUCUCAUCAGGUGCAAUCCGCAGCCUGCGCGAUAACAAUCCGGAGACACUUGACGGUGACCUUCUAGCAAACUCUGGCACGGAUGGAGCUGUUGUGUACAGCGCCUCAAAAUUUACUCAGCUCUUGGGGGCUCAUUACUGGCGUCGACAAUUUGGCAAGUCAACCAGGGUUAUCGCGGUCUCUCCUGGCUUGAUCCCCAAUACAGGAAUUGGGCGUAAUUCCAAAAUCAAGAUUCCGACGGAUCAUCCAGACGCAAAAUCUGUCGAGGAAGGGGCCCAGAACCUGCUUCGUGCAAUCACAAUUGAAGAUUUUCCGGAUGAUCCUGAACAGAUCUUUCUCACUAGUUGGGGCGAGUGGUGGCCGAAAGAUGUGUAUACAUCAAGUCUUGACAAGGCCCUUCAGGAUAAGUGGUGCCCUGGGAAAGAGGAAAUCGAGAAAGAUGCCAGAAUCAGUCUCUAGGUUUCCUGCAGGGAGUAUAAGCAACGUCGUACCAGGUUCACGUCAAGCUUCUAGGUUAGUCUAGUAAUGAACAGUACCUCGUAUAAGCUCAA